AUGAAAAGUAAUCUAGUAAAAUCUGGGCUCAUUUACUUAAUUAUUGGGCUGCUUUUUCUGAGCGUCUCAAUGGAAAUGAUAAAAUUUAAACCUUGUAUUCAAACUGGUGAAUAUUGUUUAGACAAUGCUGAUUGUUGUUCUAAAUCAUGUUUACAUGGUAGAUAUAGAGGUAUAAGUUAUUGUAUUUCGUUAAAAAGAAAGAAGAAUAUUCCAUCGAGUCCUGCAGUAAAAAACUACACAGCUCCUUGCCUACAGAAUCAUAGAACGUGUUCGCUUCGCAGCGAAUGUUGUUCGAAAACUUGUUUUAAGAUCCCAGGAAAAUCAAAAGGAAUCUGUGUUUGAUAAUUCCCAUAAAAAUUCAGCAAUGAUUUUUCUUUUGUAAAUAAUAUUCUUUUAAAGAUCAUCCGCAACUUUCAAGAAGUCAGAAACUGGACCA